AUGUCUGAUCAAGAAGUUUUAGUUUUAAGAGGUACUUUAGAAGGCCACAAUGGUUGGGUUACUUCAUUGGCUACCACCCAAUCUAGACCUGAUCUUUUGUUGUCUGGUUCUAGAGACAAGACUUUGAUCACCUGGAAGUUGACUGGUGGUGAUGAACAAUACGGUGUUGCUAAGAAGUCCUUCAAGGGUCACUCUCAUAUUGUUCAAGAUGUCACUAUCUCAGCUGACGGUGCUUAUGCUUUGUCUGGUUCUUGGGAUAAGACCUUGAGAUUGUGGGAUUUGGAAUCUGGUGAAUGUACUCAAAGAUUUGUUGGCCACACCGGUGAUGUUCUUUCUGUUUCCAUUGCUAAGAACUUGAGACAAAUUGUUUCUGCUUCUAGAGAUAAGACCGUUAAGGUUUGGAACACCAUUGGUGAAUGUAUGCAAACUUUGACUGGUCACUCCGACUGGGUUUCUACCGUUAGAUUCUCUCCUGCUGACAACACUUCAAAGGUUAUCUCUGCUUCUUGGGAUAAGACCGUUAAGACCUGGGAUCUCUCUGAAUACGCUGUUGAAGCUGACUACAUUGGUCACACCGGUUACGUUUCUUGCAUCACCAUCUCUCCAGAUGGAUCUUUGUGUGCUUCUGCCGGUAAGGAUGGUGUUAUCAUCCUUUGGGAUUUGAACUCAAACAAGACCUUGUACACUUUGAACGCUACUGCUGAAGUUCACGCUUUGGCUUUCUCUCCAAACAGAUACUGGUUGGCUGCUGCUACCGCUAGCGGUAUUAAGAUUUUCAACUUGCAAGAAAGAACCUUGUUGGACGAGUUGAAGCCUGAAGUUGCCAUUGGUACCAAGGCUAAGGACCCCGAAGCCAUCUCUUUGGCUUGGUCUGCUGACGGUCAAAACUUGUUUGCUGGUUACACCGAUAACGUUAUUAGAGUCUGGCAAGUUAUGACCUCUUCUGCUUAA